CUUCUAUAUAAAAUUUUGCAUAAAGAACAGCCCUAAACACUAUUACUAUGAAGUCGCUCGCUUCCAUUGCCAUUGGGGCAGCGGCUCUUGCCUCUGUUGCCAGUGCAUCCGUCAAAGGAUUCGACAUCUCUCAUUACCAACCCACUGUUGACUUUGCCAAGGCAUAUUCGGAUGGCGCACGCUUCGUUAUUAUCAAGGCUACUGAGGGAACCACUUAUACCGAUCCCAGUUUUAGUGAUCACUACACCAAGGCCACCAGUGCCGGCUUCAUCCGUGGUGGCUACCACUUUGCGCAACCUGCGUCUUCCUCCGGCGCCGCCCAAGCCAAAUAUUUCCUGGCACAUGGAGGAGGUUGGUCAUCUGAUGGCAUCACUCUGCCUGGAAUGCUGGAUCUCGAGUAUGCUCCCAGCGGGGACAGCUGCUAUGGUUUGAGCGCCAGCGCCAUGGUCAGCUGGAUUAAUGACUUUAUCAACACUUAUCACACCGCUACUUCUCAGUAUCCUCUCAUUUACACUUCUACAAGCUGGUGGCAGCUGUGUACCGGAAACAAUGGCUCGUUUGGCAGCAAGUCUCCUCUUGUGGUUGCGCGAUAUGCCAGCUCCGUCGGUACGCUGCCCAAUGGCUGGAGCUAUUAUACUAUUUGGCAAAACAGUGACGCGGCUCCCUGGGGUGGUGAUUCUGAUAUUUUUAAUGGAGAUUUGGCGCAGCUUCAGAAGAUUGCCCGUGGAAGCUAGAUACAUGUUCAAUAUUAGACAACAGCUACAAUUGGCAAGGCAGUGUUAAUAGAAAGAGACAGAUAGCUUUCAGUGGUCAUUGUCUGGCUCUACGUAGCCGCAAAAUAAAGCUGGGAAGAGUUGACUAUCAAUGGCUUUUAUGCAUCCUGAACGCUAAAGGUGUAAUACCGUUUUGAGUCUAGACACUUUGUAGAGCGGUGUUUAUGCUAAGAACCAUCACUUG